AUGACAGAAGCUGAUGGAGAACGUGGCUUAUGUGGACCGAAUUAUCCGAAGUAUCUUAUAUUUACGACAAAGUCCUACAUAUGUUUAGCUUUCCAUACCUCAUCUCAACGACCUCCCAUUUUACCCGGUGUGAAACCUGGAUUUCGAGUUAUUCUUACUGCAAUUCAAGAAACUCGAAAUAGUAGUUGUCCAUCAAGCAACUUUUACUGCGGUGCAGUUCCUCGUUUCAUGGGGGCAAAUUCUAUGAUAACAUCAACUUCACUUAGUGCAGAUAGCCGGUUGUAUGGACCGUUCUUAUCUCUUCCUCAAUAUAUCCGUAGUUUAGAUGACGACAGAUUUCCAUCUAAUCAUGAUAAACAAUAUAUGGGAUAUUGUAUUACAAAGAAGAGUUUAUGCGAUGGUAUUAUGAACUGUGAAGAUAGGAAAGAUGAAGAUAUUUCUCAUUGUCAAGCUUUUAUUGAUAUGGAAGCUUCAAACAGUCCACUACUUGCUAAUGGUGAUUUGAUUGAUGUUAAUAGCUGGUUAUCAGGUUUAUUGUCACUUGGUAUGCCGGCGUCUAUUGCUAUAGCUGUCAGUACAAUUGUUAUUCUUAUAUUGGGUAUUGGAGUUGUGAUAUGUUGUUGUCAUCGUUGUUGUCUGAUGAAUCAAACAUAUAAUAAUCAGUAUUCAAAUAAUAGACUUGCGUUUAGAAAUGGUGGAAUUUUUUUAGAUACUUUCAGUCGUCCUAUAACUGCAGCAAAUUAUAAUUAUGGUUAUUCUAGAUCACAGCAUCUAGGUGUAAUGUCCGUCAAUGCUGGUGCACAGUCACAGUUAUCAGAUCGUAUAGAUUUGAUAUCUCAUAUAGACGGUGAUCAACAGAAGAUUGCUAGGAAUUGGCAACAGAGUGCUUCCUUUCCUUCAGACAUAUUGAUGACAAGGGGGGAAGCUUUUCACGACGUAACUGUAAUGCACCUAACCAACAUCACCAAACGUUCAAUCAGUAUUUGA